AUGGCACCCAUCGCAGUCGCCCCUACCACGGACACUAAAUUCCUUACAAACCUCAAGACAUCCGUUGUCUCUCCACAACCCAAUACUCUUCAUGACGUGAUAGCUCAAGCUGUCCACCGUUAUCCAUUGCACGAGCUUGGUUUCAUAACAUCCUCGGCACAUGACUCCUCCAUUCAGACGAAGACCUUCAGCGCGUUCAACCAAUAUGUUCGCAACCUUGCACGUGCCAUGCUCGAGUGGCGCAAACCCACAGGCUCAGUCGUCAUCGUGUACCUGACGGAGCACGAAGACAACAUGGCUGCAGUAUGGGCAUGUCUGCUGGCCGGCUAUGUCCCUUGCUUGCAGCCUGCACUUAGCGCGCAACAGACGCAUAAGGAGGGCCAUGUCGCCCACAUCAAGAACCUAUUUGGAUCUGCUAUUUGGUUGACCAGCGAGAUAUCGGCUGAGCAGAUCAGCACUAUCUCUGGUCUGGAUGUUCACCUACUCUCUGAAUUAAAAGCAUCGGUAGAGAAAUUUUCUGUCGCACCUGACUGGGUUGCACACAAGGCUAAGCCGGACGACGAUGCGAUCCUGUUCUUGACCUCAGGGUCAACUGGAUUCUCGAAGGUGGUCGUCCAUACGCACCGUACGAUCCUUUCUGCAUGUCGUGCCAAGGGUCAAAGCUACGGCCUGACUUCCGAAUCUCGAGUUUUGAACUGGGUCGGAUUUGAUCACGUUGCGGGAUCGUUGGAAAUGCACAUCACACCUCUGUUAUAUGGUGCUUCGCAACUCCACGUGCACGCAGCCGCUAUCCUUGCUGACCCCCUUCGGCUGCUCCGUCUCAUCGAUGAAAAGUCCAUCGAAUUAGCAUUCGCCUCAAAUUUCCUGCUCUCCGAGUUAACUCGUGAUCUGGUGAAACGCACCGACCUCUUUGGAUGUUUCGACCUAUCCUCGAUCAGACGAAUCAACAGCGGAGGCGAAGCGACGGUUUCCAAGAUCGCGCAAGCCUUCGUUGUCAUGAUGAAAAAGUUUAGCAAGAACCCCUCCGCUGUAUCGUUCGUCAUCUCUCCUGGGUUUGGAAUGACAGAAACAUGCGCCGGAUGCAUUUAUCAUCCUGUGGAUAUCCUCGCAACCGAGCCUGCUCAUGAGUUCCUUGAUCUCGGGAGACCCAUCAAUGGUUGCGAGAUGCGUGUCGUCGACCCCGCAGAUGGCAUCACUCUGCGCCCAGACGGAGAGAGUGGAGAGCUCCAGGUUCGUGGAUCGAUGCUCUUUGUACGCUACUACAACAAUGCCGAGGCUACGUCCUCCAGCUUUGUUGAAGGCGGCUGGUAUCGCACUGGCGAUUUUGGCCUCAUCGAGGAUGGUGUCAUGCGCCUGAGCGGUCGUAUCAAGGAGACAAUCAUCUAUUCCAAAAAACUCGACACCUACCUGCAGACCGCUGACGGGGUCACGAACUCGUUCCUCGCUGCCGUUCCAUACCGCGCUCCUGGCCAGGAAACUGAAGGUUUCAUUAUUUUCUACUCGCCAACCUUCGACCUCGACGAAUCAGAUGCCUCUGCAAAGCUCUUAGCUACGCACCAGGCCCUGCGGGAUAUCUCUGUGAAGAUGAUCACCCUGCCACCUCAGAUCGUCAUCCCCAUCCCUCUGAGCCAGAUGGAGAGGACCACUCUCGGUAAACUGUCUCGUGCCCGUCUGAUUAGUCUCUUCACGCAAGGGCAGUUUGCGACGUACAUCGCGCGCGCUGAGGAACUUCUCAGUCAAGCACGAGGUGUUUCCUUCGUCGCCCCGUCCACCGAGACGGAAAAGGCACUUGCCAAAAUAUAUGCAGGCAUCUUCAACCUCGCGGACAGCGAGGUAUCGGCAAGCGACAACUUCUUCGAGAUCGGUGGUACUUCCAUUGAUGCUAUCCGCCUCAAGCGCGAAGGAGAGGAACACUUCGGCGUACCUGACAUCUCAGCCAUUCAAAUCCUCAAGAACCCCGUUCUCUCGAGCCUUGCGAAAUACGUCGACUCCUUACUCUCCAAGGGGACCCAGACUGAAGAGUACGAUCCCAUCGUUCCCCUCCAGCUCAGUGGAAAUAAGACGCCAAUUUUCUUCGUUCACUCUGGUAUCGGAGAGGUUCUCAUUUUCGUCAAUUUUGCCAAAUACCUCCUUAAUGAGCGUCCCUUCUAUGCUUUCCGUGCUCGUGGCUUUGAUGCCGGCCACCCUUACUUCACCUCCAUGGACGAGAUGGUUUCUUGUUAUACCGCAGCAAUCAAGAAGACUCAGGCGACGGGACCAUACGCCAUCGCAGGCUACAGUUACGGCGGUGUUGUUGCAUUUGAAGUUGCAAAGCGUCUUGAGGCCAUGGGUGAUGAAGUCAAGUUCGUGGGUCUCGUCAACAUCCCCCCUCAUAUCGCUCCUCGCAUGAGAGAGAGCUCCGGCAUGCUCCACUUGUCGUCCUUCCUUGGUCUCGUGGCACAACACGAUGCUGACUCUGAUCUAGCUCCUCCCCUGAGACCCCUCACGAAGCAGGAGCAGCUCGAGUCUGUGUGGAAGAUGGCCCCUCCUGAACGAAUUGUUGAGCUCCAGCUGACGCUCGAGAAGCUGGAUAAAUGGGUAGACCUAGCUGGGUCUCUCGUCGAUUGUGCACUCGACUAUAACCCAUCAGGCUCAGUUGCCGCACUCGACGUUUUCUAUGCCAUUCCCUUCGCCGGAACCAAGGCUGACUGGCUGAACAACCAGCUCAAGCCAUGGUCUGGCUACAGCCGCGGCGAGGUAUCAUAUAUUGAUGUGCCUGGGGAACAUAACACGCUCAUGGACAUCGAGCACGUCUCGCAGUUCCAAAAGAUCUUCCGCAGUCGUCUCGAAGCUCGUGGUUUGUAGGGAGGUUUGGAGGAGCAAAUUAUGAUUAGAUCUUGUCUUGUUUCGAUGAUCUUUCUAUACUUAGAAUCCCUGACUUUCAUAUUGGUGGGAAGCGACGUGACUAUGUAGAUAUUGUAGUGGUAUGCGUUGUGCUAUGUUGUGAUAUGAUACUAUAGACCCUCGUCUGAAAAACUUGGAAAUCAGACGCGGUACUCAUGCGUCUAAUAAUACGGUACUCUCGGUGGGAUUACCUCGCGAUUGAAAAGUAAUAAGCUCUACGAACGUUCAUCGCAUCCUCAGAACUACUCGAUCCCAACAAAAUCCACCUCCUCAAGUUCUGGCUCAGAAAGAAUGAUGAAAAUGUUGCUGG